ACAAUGCAGCGCGACGGUGGUUUUGUUUUUUGCUACGGAAAUCUGUACAGCCUGCUGUUCUACUGGGGAUUGGUCUCGAUCCGGGUGAGGAGCCCUGGCCGAGGAGGAGCAGUCUCUAACAGGUGGACGGUUGCCUACGCCCUGUGCGCGCGCUUCUUCUUGGUUACCUGCUUUCUUGGCAGCGUGAUGGUGAAACUCAGGGAUUCCGAGAUGUCGGCCGCCAUGUUUGGUCACCUCAGCCCGCUGGUCAAGUCGAUUCUCACCUGGGAGUGCCUCAGCUGCUCCAUCACCUAUGUAGAGUACUGCCUGUCACUGGAUUCGCAGAGGAGCAGGCACCUCAAACUCUUGGCCAGCCUGCAGGAGUUCGAUCGCCCUGUCCUGGAAGUGUUUCCGCAUAUUAAGUGGAACUACCUACGCUCCCGAUUGAAGUAUUGGUAUGGCACUGUGAUCGUCGGCUCUUGUUAUUUCUUCUUCUCCAUGUCACUGGUCUUCGACACGGCGCGUUGCACCUGCGGCAUACCGUCCACCUUGGUGAUGGCUUUUACCUACACCCUGCUGACCAGUUCCGUGGGAUUGGUGGGCUUUGUUCACAUCGCAAUCAUGGACUUUCUGCGGGUGCGCUGGCGGCUGGUGCAGCAGCUGCUGGAACAACUUUAUAAAGUUGAUGGAACUCGAGAGGUUCACGAGAAGAUUGCCUUCCUGUUUGACAUGUCCAAGCGGUGCUCCUUUCUCCUGGCGGAGCUGAACGGAGUGUUUGGAUUCGCCGCCGCAGCUGGCCUCUUCUACGACUUCACCAUCAUGACCUGCUUCGUGUACGUCAUCUGUCAAAAGCUGCUGGACAGAGAACCCUGGGACUUGGAGUACGGUUUCAUGAUGCUCCACGUGACCAUACACACCUACAAAGUGAUCAUCACCAGCUCCUACGGGUAUUUGCUCCAGCGAGAGAAGCGGAACUGUAUGCACAUGUUGAGCAACUACUCCAGAUACUUUCCUGGCCAGGAUGUGGCCCGCCGGCAGACGGAGGACUUUCAGCACUGGCGCAUGCACAAUCGCCAGGCGGCUCAGGUUGGCAGCACAACCGUGCUCAAUGUUUCCACCAUUUAUAUGGUGUACAACGGCAUGGCCAACUAUGUGAUUAUUCUGGUGCAGUUGCUAUUCCAGCAACAGCAGAUCAAGGAGCGCCAGCUUACUUCGGGCAAGGAUGUCGACAUUGUUGGGCCAAUGGAUUCCAUUACUCACAUGGAUUGAAUGAAGUACAUACAAUAAGGU